CCUCUUCUGAAUCCUGUUGCACUUGCAGUGAGCAGUUAGUGUACACCUCUGAUUCAAUCGUCCUCAAACAAUACCACAGCUAUGCCUAUCAGCGUCCCCUACGUCGAGCUCAACGAUGGCAACAAGAUGCCUCAAGUCGGUCUGGGGCUGUGGAAGAUGGACAAUCCAACAUGCGCGGAUUCGGUCUACGAGGCCAUCAGGGUCGGAUACAGGCUGUUCGAUGGAGCUUGCGAUUACGGCAACGAAGUCGAGUCCGGCGAAGGCGUAGCCCGCGCCAUCAAGGAUGGCCUUGUCAAGCGCGAAGACCUCUUCAUCAUCAGCAAACUCUGGAACUCGUUCCACGACCCUGAGCAGGUCGAGCCCAUUUGCAAAAAGCAGCUUAAGGACUGGGGCGUCGACUACUUCGACCUGUACCUCGUUCAUUUCCCGGUCGCGCUCAAGUAUGUGGCGCCAGAGGAGCGAUACCCGCCGGGGUGGUUCGUCGAUGGUGACAGCAAGGUGGAGAUGGGCACCGCGUCGUUAGAAAGCACGUGGAAGGCGAUGGAGGAGCUGAAGAAGAAGGGUUUGGCGAAGAGCAUUGGGGUGUCGAAUUACACCGGUGCGCUGCUGCUGGAUCUGCUCACAUAUGCGACCGUGAAGCCGGCGCUCCUCCAGAUUGAACACCACCCGUACUUCGUUUCGCAAAAUCUGCUCAAGCUCGCUGAGCAGUACAACAUCAAGGUUACCGGAUACUCGUCGUUCGGUCCGAUGUCGUUUAUCGAGUGCGAUAUGAAGCUCGCGGAGGACACUCAGCUUCUCUUCACCCACCCGUUGAUCAAGAAGAUCGCCGAGGCACAUGGAAAGACCACCGCGCAAGUUCUGCUAAGAUGGGCGACGCAGCGAGGCAUUUCCGUCAUUCCGAAGAGCAAUACGCAUGAGCGUCUGGAGGAGAACCUUGACUCGACCAACUUCGACCUCACGGCCGACGAGAUCAAGGAGAUUUCGAGCCUGGACAGGCAUCUCAAGUUCAAUGUUCCCACCAACUACGGCAUUCCUUGCUACGUUUUUGCUUAAACGUGGACUUCUUCCUCUUUACCGAAAGACAAGACAGGUACGGAGCAUGCGGCGUUACGUAUAUACGAGGGGUGUGAUGGGUAAUAGCAAGCAUCGGUAGCGAUAAUAGCAUUUGGCUUCUGUUUGCGUACCUGUGCGGCACACAUUCUGUUGAUGGCAGGGUUGGUGUUGUCGGUGUGUAACCGUGAUCGAUGCUCAGUGAAGGAUGUCGGCAUGUCUGCCAGCUCUCCAU